CACACACAUAAACCCCACAUAUGGUCCAGUGGUUGUGGACAGUGUUGUUUCACUAUCUUGGUGUCGGGUUCAUGUUGCACACAUGCUGUUAGUCGUGUUGCUAUACAGCCUGAAAUGGCACCAAUCAGACCGAGUUCUCAUGGCCCUCCAUAAAUCUGCGAUGACAGCGAGUUCUCAGAAAACCCUUAUUUAGCUGGAACCGAAAAGCAGAACUAACAGACAUAUUGUUCAUCAGAGAAAAAGACAAACAUGCAAACCCCUACGUCCUUCUGAUAUUCUUGGAGCUGGUCAAAGUGAUAAUGAGCUCUGUAAGUUGCACCUCAGAAGUCUGGAGGAGAGAGGGGGUCUCGCACAUUUAAUUUGCCUCCUGUGCCAGAUGACAAUCCUCUUAGCUGUUGUAAUCAAAGGUCCCAGCUCUGACACCUGCAGUGUUUGCUAGCUUGUCUCCGGUCUCAUUCCCUCGGGACUUUUCUUUAAGAUGUCGUUCUGCCAUACUGAGAUCUCCUGUUUUUUCUUCGAAAGGUUGCUUUUUCCCUUCACUUUGUUUCCACUGCAGUCUGUGUGUCAAUCCAGAGUUUUGUCUGUUUCACUCUACCCAUCUCCUUCUAUUCCACAUCGUUUUUUUCCACAGCUGAUAAUCUCCCAAUUCAUUUCUUUUUAUGUUUUUGAGGUGUCUGCUGUAGUGGGACUGUUCACAUGCAGUAUAGUUAGUUCCUUGUUGAAGGACCUGUUUAUGAGAGGCUCCACCUCUGGCUUUUUUGUCACUCUAAGACAAGAUAGGGUUUGUGACAAAGACAGAAGUGCAUGCAUGUGUGCAUUUCUUCCUGCUAUACUACACAGAGAGAGUGACAGAAACAGAUCAGCAGAGGACAGGACACCUCCAGCUGCAGUCAGAGGAUUACUACUCUACACUUCAAGCAAUAUCAGCUGCCUUUACAUGCAACCUGACACACUGGGAGAGCCUGUGGAUCUUGUCUUCAGCUUCUUCUUUUUUUGUGAUCCAACAUUUUUCCAGUCAUGGUUGCAGUUAGCAGGGAUGCAGCUUUACCUCGCAUGUCACAGCGGGAAAAAGUCAACUGUCUCCUGUUUGACAAAGGCACAGCAGUCAGAGAACGAGUUUAAUCCGAACCUAUUGAAGUCAGUUAAGUCAAAAUCUCCUUUGAAGCUGCAGGACGCUGGUUUGGGGAAUGUUAAAAAUGGCUAAAAAUUAUGACAACCACUUCCAUGCUCCAAUGGUGACAAAGACACACUGGAAAAAUCCCAGCCAUACCACAGAUUUAUUUGAAAUGAUUGAAAAGAUGCAGGGCAACAGGAUGGAUGAGCAGAGGUGCACUUUUCCUCCCCCACUCAAGACUGAAGAGGACUACAUUCCAUACCCAAGUGUCCACGAGGUGCUGGGCAGAACAGGUCCUUUUCCUCUCAUACUCCUGCCGCAGUUUGGGGGUUACUGGAUUGAAGGGACCAACCACGAGCUGAGGGACACGGUGGACACCGAGCAGCUGCAGCCUCUGUCCCCAAACACCCGCACCAAGCUGGAAUGUAAUACAACAGCUACAGUCUACAGGAAACAUUUCCUGGGGAAGGAACACUUUAAUUACUAUUCAGUGGACACGGCCCUCGGACAUCUGGUGUUCUCUCUAAAGUACGACGUGAUCGGUGACCAGGAACAUCUCCGUCUAAUGCUCAGGAACAAGCUGAAAACCUAUCAUGAUGUGAUCCCCAUUUCGUGUCUGAGAGAGUUUCCCAAUGUGGUCCAAAUGGCCAAGCUUGUCUGCGAAGAGAUCAAUGUGGACCGCUUCUUUCCUGUCCUUUAUCCAAAAGCUUCAAGACUUAUUGUCACCUUUGAUGAACAUGUGAUAAGCAACAAUUUCAAGUUCGGCGUCAUUUAUCAAAAGUUUGGACAGACUUCAGAGGAAGAGCUUUUUGGCAACAGUGAAGAGAGUCCUGCCUUUGUUGAAUUCCUGGACUUUCUUGGGGAGAAAAUUGAGCUGCACAACUUUAAAGGUUUCCGGGGAGGGUUAGACGUGACUCACGGGCAGACUGGCACUGAAUCUGUCUACUCCAACUACCGCAACAAAGAGGUCAUGUUCCAUGUGUCCACAAAGCUGCCUUACACUGAGGGGGACACCCAGCAGUUGCAGAGAAAGAGGCACAUAGGCAACGACAUUGUAGCCAUCGUAUUCCAAGAGGAAAACACUCCCUUCGUACCGGACAUGAUCGCCUCCAACUUUCUCCACGCCUACAUUGUGGUCCAAGCGGUCAACCCCUGCACCAACAAUGUUCUCUACAGGGUGUCAGUGACAGCUCGAGACGAUGUACCUUUCUUUGGCCCGGCCCUCCCAAACCCUGCUGUCUUUAAAAAAGGCCCUGAAUUCCAUGAAUUCCUUUUUACUAAACUCAUCAAUGCAGAGUAUGCCUGCUACAAAGCAGAGAAAUUUGCCAAAUUAGAGGAACGAACACGGUUGGCCUUGUUGGAGACCCUUUACGAGGAGCUCCACGUCAACAGCCAGGCCAUGAUGGGUGUUGGAGGGGAGGACGAGAAACUGGAAAAUGGCGGUGGAGGAGGAGGGGGCUUCUUUGAGUCCUUCAAGCGGGUGAUCCGCAGCAGGAGCCAGUCUAUGGAUGCCAUGGGUCUUACUCUCAAGAAGCCGCACACAGUGUCCACUAGCCUCAGCAGCAGCUUUAACCACGACCCCGCUGAGAGCCCCAAAUUCCCAGGGAUAUCAUUGCUUGUCCCAGGCAAGAGUCCCAGUAAAUAUGGACGUCGAGGCAGUGCCAUAGGGAUAGGAACAGUAGAAGAGUCUUUGAUAAUCCCGGGGAAAAGCCCGACCAGGAAAAAAUCUGGUCCCUUCAGCUCCAGGAGGAGCAGUGCCAUUGGUAUUGAAAACAUUCAAGAAGUCCAGGAGAAGAGCAGUAGAGACAAUUCCCCAAAUACUCAGAAGACCCCUGACAGCGGUCACGUCUCUCAAGAUCCCAAAUCUGACAACUCGUCCAAUCAAAGCUCUCCUGAGGUGCUCAUGACCACAAAGAACAGUUCUUAUCUCGGUGGCAGGGCCCCGUCCAUCCCCGAGGGUCAGGACCUCUCCCGCUCCUCCUCCAGCGCUAGCAGCUUGGCCAGUGUGGUGGAGGAGAACGAGACAGAGGCCCCAGAGGACUAUGACACAGGCAUGGAGAGUCUGUCAUCUGCUGGGACGCCACACAAGCGAGACUCCUUCACCUACAGCACCUGGCUGGAGGACAGCGUCAGCAGCACCAGUACCACCAGUCGUGGUAACUCCCCAGGACCUGGUAAACCUGAUCGGGGGAAGGGGACAGACAUCCGUAUCAAACUGGAGCGACCACACGAUCAUCAGUCCUCAUCACAUUCCCAUAAGUCACAAUCCCUCCGGGAGAUGAGACACGUGCAGGCGUUUGCCGUGACUAAUGAUGAGAAGAAGGAAGAUGGGGAAGAUGAGAAAAGAAAAGGCAUGUGAAGCCUGGCCAGUCUGCUGCUGGGUGAUGGCCAGAGUGCAGCAUAUCCAGAAACCUGGAGGACACUGAAGAGGAUGACGCACAAAGAGGCGCCAGCUUUUGCACAACGUUGUUUCCUUCCACUCAUUUCUUUGCCUGUUCACACAUCUGUUGCCUAGUUGCAUGUUUCUUUUUUUAAACCAGACCUCUCGUUUCAAAAGUGCACAUUUUUAUCUCCAAAUUUAAUAGUUGCUGAAGCCCAAAUCUGAUGGCUGUUCAGGGUAAAACAGCACUACUGAGCGCCUUGAGGAGAUGGUGAGAAAGACCUUUUUGCAGUGUAGAGAAGAUAAUUGCCUGAAUGGUUUCCAAAUCAGUUUUUGGCACAAUAAAGAUCUCUAAUGUAUCAAUAGUACCAGAUAUUGAGAAUCAGAUGAGUAUUUUCUAACAAAACAUCUAACGUGACAAAGAUGUUUUCUGUUGAAAAAGUCACUCAUUGUGAUUAUUUUCUGGUUAAAAUCCAAAUACAAGGACUGUAUAGCUGCAGCAAAAUAAUCAUAUGCUUUUCCUUUACCAUCCAAAUCUCCAUAAGAUUAUAUUGCAAACUUAACAUCACAGGUCACAGUGAAGAAAGCAAUGUAUUGUAGAUAACAUUAAAUGGCCUUAAAACUUAAACAUGCAAUUUCUUUGUCCUUCAGAUUUAUUUCACCCCUUUUGUUGACUCACAUGUUCUGCAGCCAGUAAUGAGACUGCAGUAUUAGAUUUAACGGUAAAGUAAUAUAUUCAGAAUAAUUUUUAAGCACACUUGUUUCUUAAAAAAUAACGCUGUAAUGAAGUUAUAUUUCACCAUCUGUGACUGAGUUAACAGCUUUGUCUGUCUUAUCUGCUGGUAAGGAGACCAGUUCUGAGUUGCUCUUUUCUUUCUAAUAUAUGUUUUUUAUUUAUUGAUUCAGUUCAUACUGAUGUGGCAUUUAUGGUGUAUAUCUGUUUUUACCGUACUUCUAUGGUGUCGUAUGAUUAUACUGUAUGUGUUGCUUUGGAGUAAAUUAUAACAUUGUCAUCUGUAAAGCUGUAUUUCAAAGGUCAGAUCUCUUUCAAUGUAUUCAAUUUCCAAGGCAAUUUUAAUUAAAAGAAUUUAUAUUUAUUUGCUUGUGAGGAAGUGAGCAAGUAACGCCAAAUACCACUACUGAUUUUUGUAAAUAGACAUUUAGCUGGAGUAUAUAGUGUAUAAUGUAUAGGCCUUUGAUUUAAGAUGGGACUGACCAACACCUUGAAAUUACUGCCAAGUUAACAAUUUAUGAUUGUUUUAUUUUGCAUACCAUUACUUCUAAAUAUUACUAUGAGAGGGUUUUGUAGAAGAAAAUUAUUUUAGCUAUUCAGACUGUAAAAGGGAAAUCUCACAGUACAUCCUGCUGAUCAUUUCAAUUGCCUUACCAUCAUAAAAUGAUGUUGCAAGUACAGAUAGUAAAGUCAACAGUUAAUAGCCAGCGGGAUUUACAACGAAAUGAAUGUUUUGUUGUUGUUGUUGUUGUUUCUAUUGUAAAUAAAUGUCCUGAGAACUUUA